AUGAUUAGAUUAUUGCAAUAAUAAUAGUAAUUCAGAAAUUAAGUGAGGUAUUCCUUAACACAUUCUGAAGCUAAGCUGAGAAAAUCCUUAUUCUCAAACUCUCCAAUUGAAACCACAAUGUACAUCGAGCUUCUAAAAGGAUAAAAGUAUAGAGGAAUAGCUUAGAUGAGUUUCAAUUUAAAAGAGACAAUGUCAUUGUUUCUUGACUGUUAGGGUUAAGAUGUAUCAUCAUUGAUUGUUAAUAAUUAAACACUCUAAAAUAUUAAGCAAGAUGGAAAUAAAUUAUGGAUAGAAUCAGGUUUGAAAAAGGAUUAAAAUAGAAUAGAAGGUAUAAAAUUUAUGUCAAUAUUUAGUCUACUUUUAGAAUUAGUACUCAACAACAGGUCAUGGAUUACAUAGUUUUAUGGACCAUGAAGAUUAAUAUGUUUAUUCAUAAUGUGAACCACAUCAUGCAUCUAAAAUGUUCCCUUGUUUCGAUUAACCUGAUUUAAAGGGAACAUUUAAACUAUUUGCCUAUGCACCCAAAGAAUGGAAAGUUAUUAGCAAUGAAAGAUAUUUAGAAAAUCCAAAAAUACCUUAAUUUGUUUAUGACAAAGGGUAUUUUCCUUUUGAUUAACAAUAUAAAAUAUGGGAAUUUGAUUAAACAAAACCAUUAUCUACUUAUUUAUAUGCAAUUUUAGCAGGACCUUAUGUAGAGAUUAAAGCACCUGAGGAAUUAUUACAUAAUUCAAUUCCAUAAAGUUUAUAUUGCCGAAAAUCACUAUUAAAGUUUGUUAUGAAUGAUGCAUAUUCUAUUUUUAAAGUGACUUCAGAUAGUAUGAAGUUUUUUGAUGAUCUAUUUUAAUACAAAUAUCCUUUUGGAAAGUAUGAUUAAAUCUUUUGUCCUGAAUAUUCAACUGGAGCUAUGGAGAAUGCAGGAGCAGUUACAAUAAAUGAUUUAUAUGUUUUUAAAGAGCCUGUUCCAAAAUCUUAAGUGGCUUCAAGAGCUAAUACAAUAAUACAUGAAUUAUCUCAUAUGUGGUUUGGUGAUUUAGUGACAAUGGAAUGGUGGGAUGAUCUUUGGUUGAAUGAGAGUUUUGCUGAAUUCAUUUCACAUUUAUGUUAAGAUAAUGUAUGUUAAGGAGAAAAAGUGAAUUAUUGGGUAUAAUUUUUAGAAAGAAAACUUUGGGGUUAUGUAACAGAUGAAAAAUCAACUACUCAUCCUAUAUAUUGUUAAAUAGAUAAUACUGAUUAGGCUGAAAAUAUAUUUGAUGGUAUUACAUAUGCUAAAGGAGCUGCUUUGAUAAAAUAGAUUUAUUUUACAAUGGGGAGAGAAGGAUUUUCUAAGGCAAUGGGAUUAUAUUUUUAAAAGCAUGCUUAUGGUAAUACAAAAUUAAAUGAUUUCUUUGAAUCAAUGAGUAUUAAUAAAAAUGUUAAUUGGGAAGAAUUUAAAUAAGAAUGGAUUAUGACAUCUGGUUUUAAUACUCUUUCUUAUAAGUGUGAAAAUAAUUAAAUAAUAAUAAAAUAAAGUGGUUCAUAUUUAAGAAAACAUGCUAUUACUAUUGGUUAAUUUGUAAAUAAUUAAUGGGUUACUCGCAAGAUUUAGGUUGAUGCUAAAGAAAUCACAACCGUAAAAAUUGAGAAUUUAAAAGAAGAUACUUUAUUAAUACUCAAUUAUAAUGAUGAGAAUUAUUUAAAAGUAAGUUAUAAUAAAUAAUAAACUUAAUAACUCUUACAAAAUUUAUCAACUAUUUAAAAUAGUUUGAAUAGAUUAUUGGUUCUUUAAUCUAUAUUUGAUUAAGUAAGAGAUGGACAAACAUGUUUUUUAGAUUUCUAAUAAGGUGUUUCUAAUUUUCUUUAACAUGAGAUUGAUGAUACAGUAAUAAAAAUUGUUUUAAAUUGGUGUGCUGCAGGUGUUAACAAUUAUACACCAUAUAAAUAUAGAGCAGAAGUAAGAGAAAAUUUAGCAAAAAAAGUUAAAUAAUUGAUUGAUUGUACUUAAGAAUAAAAUAAAUUGUUAACAUUAAGAUCUCAUUAUAUUAGUUGGUCUAGAACAAUUGAUAGAUUAUAAACUAUUAAUAUUGAUGAAAUUGGAGUGAAAGAUGGUUGGACUUAUAUUUAUAAUUAGUUUUUAUAUAAUAAAGUUUAAUGGAAUCUUUUUGAUAAAUUAAGUCUUUAAGAUGUAGAUCAUAAGAAACAUAAAAGAUUUUUAGAAUCUUUAGGUGUUGAUAAAGAUUAACUUUGGUCAUAUUUUAUUAAUUUUGAUAAGAAUGAAAGUGUUUAAUAAGUAUCUUAAGUAAUGAGAGCAUUUAAUCAUGAGAAAUUUAUAGAUUAAUUGGGAAAAUAUGAAGUUAGAUUUUUUGAAGUUAUUGUUUAAAUUUUUGAGACAAAGGAAUCUGAAUAUGCUAAAGCAUUCUUUAAUAAUCUAUAUCCAAUAGGUGAAAAUCUAGAAGUUUACCAAUAAUUAUCAAAGGAAGCACUAACUAAGACAAAAAAUGAUUUCUUAAUUAAAUUAUUAAAAGAAGCUAUUGAUAUCAAUGAUAAAAGAUUGAAAGCAUACAAAACAUUUAAAUGAGUU